UUUGCAGUAAAACCAGGCAAAAAGAAAACUGAAAAAAUCGAAAAAUAAAAAGAAAAAGAAGAGAGAUUGGAAAAAAAUAUUGAAUUUGAUACAAACUAAAUAGAAAAAGAAAUGCAGAAAACUAUUGAAUAAAUAAAAAUUGAUUUUACAAAACUUAAAAUAGGAAGAUUAACAGCUGAAAUGUUUGAAAAAUACACAAUUACAGCAUACGGAGAAAAAACAUAAAUUACAGAACUUUGUUAAAUUAUUUCUAAGACUAUGAAUACAGUUUAAUUAAAUAUUUAUGAUGAAUCUUUGGUUUCAGCAAUAAUAAAAAUAUUAGAAAAUUCAGAUCUUAAUUUAUAGAUAAAAAAAGAAGGAAAAAAUAUCUUAUGUACAAUGCUUGGAGGAAAUACAAAAGAAGUAAAAUAAUAAAUUAUUAAAUAAAUAAAAGCUGUUUCAGAAAAAGCAAAAUUAGUUUUAAGAAAAUAAAGGCAUGAAGCAUUAGAAUAAUUAAAACCUUUUAAAAAAUUUGAAAGUGAAGAUUUUAUAAAAAACGGAGAAAAAGAAAUUGAAAAUAUUCAUCAAAAAUUAAUUAAUGAAUUAGAUUAAUUGUUAAAAAGUAAAGAAAAAGAAAUAAAUUCAGCUUGA